AUGGAGCCAGUUCCUGAGACAGAGCGCAUGGAGGAGUUCCGUCCUACUCCUACCCCUGCUCCCGUUUCCGCUUCCACCUCUGUCUCUGCGUCACCCGCUGCUUCACCACUUGUGCCAUCGCUGCGACUGCAAAACCCCAACGCUAUUUCUAACCUCAGCAUCGAGCUACCCCGAAAGCCACCAAACCUGAGACGAAGUACCGACCCCAGCCCGACUUCGCCUGCUUCACCAUCUUGGUCUUCCUCACCAUUCAUUCCGUAUCGACCACGCACCACUUCUCCACUAUCGGGAGCUCACACCAGAUCUCGUUCUACAACGAGUCUCGCGCCCCCAAUGUCCCGCACUCAAUCUAUGCCAGGCGUCAACGGUUCAGGUCACAUCCUGUUCUCGCCUCAUCAUCGUCCUGGAAGCCCAUCUGGAUCACCUAGCAGAGUGCGAAUCCCGCGAAAGCCCGCCGAUGAAGCUUUCCCACCUAUUUCGCCUGUACGAACUUCGGUCCUCGAGCCCGAGCAAAGGCAUGAGAGACGAAGCACUUCCCCCAUUAUGGGCAUUUCCACAAGCACACCUGCGCGACUUCGACGACCAUCAUCUCCUCUGCGGUCUUUUACAUCUUCAAGCACUGGAUCCCUAGGAACCUUCCCCUCGACUCCAUCCUCGUCAAUUUCGUCUUCGUCCUCGUAUCGAAGUUACGACGCCCUUUCAGGAAGCUACGGAACCACUUACUCAUCGGUUCCCUCCACACCAACAUCGACCCGAUCUCGAAGUCCCAGUAUCUCCAGUUUGGAAACCAUUCCCGACACACCUGAUGCAGAAGAGGCCGCGCUGGAAGCUGAAAAAAUUGCCCAGCUAAAGGCCGACGCAGAUGCUGCUGACGGAAAUGAUGCCACGGACCUGAAAGGGAAGGAUGGGCAGAUGCGAGGACGCACAAUGGGUUUCGGCUCUCGAGAUAAAAGAAAGCGCUGGAGUGUGUGCGGUGCCGAGCGCAGAGGGGAUAUCGACCUUGAGACGAUCUGGGAGGAUUGA